GGAAGCCGAGCAGCCAGGCAGGCCGCGCACGAGCUGUCCGUCCGUCUCUUUGCUGCGCAGCUCACUGGUGUGCACGUGGGCCGCGGCUUCUCGUUUACUUUCUUUUAAAAUUCCUAUUUUUUUUGCCCUUCCCCACAAAAAAAAUUGUAGAAAAAAAAACCCCUAACGUUUUAAAACCCAACGCGCAUCAACCGACCCCGCGCGCGUGUGUUUCGUUCGUCCUCUCUAAUAAAUAGGUUAUAUAUAUUAUAUAUAUAUAUAGAGAGAGGGGGAGAGCGAUAACGUUAAUAAUUUCGAAGAAGGCGUUAAGAGUUGUGAAGAACACAGAAAGAGAGAGAAAAAAAAACAAGAUGGUGAAGUUAGCGAAGGCAGCUAAAAAGCAAGGAAAACCUAAAAAGGCUGUCGCUCCUCCACCUCCUGAGGAUUUGGAAGAGGAGUCCAGUUCAGAGGAAGCAACUGAAGAGGUGGCACCAAAGGUCCCUUUUAAAAAAGCUAAAAAGCCAGUUGCAAAAGCAGUUGCUAAGACACCACAGUCAGCCAACAAAAAGAACGGCAAAGUGGUGAAACAAGAAAGUGAGGAGGAGGAAGAUGAUGAAGAUGAUGAUGAUGAAUCAGAAGAAGAGUCUGAAGAAGAGAAGCCAAUACCCAAGAAGGUGGUUGCAGUAGCUAAAAAAGCAAAGGAAGAAUCUGAGGAGGAUGAAAGUGAAGAUGAUGAUGAAGACGAUGAGGAUGAUUCCGAUGAGGAAGAAGCCAUGGAAGUUGCACCGCCACCACCUAAAGCAAAGAAGGCUGGUAUGGUAAAGGUUCAGGAAGCUGAUGACGAGGAGGAGGAUGAUGACGACGAGGAGGAUGACGACGACGAUGACGACGAUGAUGAUGAUGACGAGGAAGUAGCAGAAGUACCAAAGAAAGCUGGAAAGAGAAAGAAGGAGCAGCAGAAAGCAGAGCCUCCAGUUAAGAAGCAGAAGACUGAAGCUGAUGGUUUCUCUUUAUUUGUUGGGAACCUGAACUCUGAGAAGAGUUUUGAAGAACUGAAGCAGGCAUUAAAUGACUUCUUUGUAAAAAAGAAGCUUUCAGUCACCGAUGUUCGAAUUGGAUCCAGCAGGAAAUUUGGUUAUGUGGACUUUGAAACUCAAGAACAGUUGACAAAAGCUUUGGAAUUCAACGGAAACAAAGUUUUGGGCCUGGCGAUCAAAGUCGACAAAGCCCGCAGCAAAGAUAGCAAUGCAGAAAACAAAAAAGCAAGGGAUUCCAGAACAUUGUUUGUCAAGAAUCUUCCAUUCAGGAUGACUCUAGAUGACCUGAAAGAAGUUUUUACGGAUGCCAUUGACAUAAGAAUCCCUGCUGCCCGAGACGGUUCAGGAAGUCGGGGCAUUGCAUAUAUUGAGUUUGACAGUGAAGCUGCUGCAGAUAAAGCAUUGGAGGAGAAGCAAGGCAUGGAAGUUGAAGGUCGUGCCAUUGUUGUUGACUUCACUGGAGACAAGAGCUUAAAUGUAAAGGGCAAGCAAAAGGGUGGACAACAAGCACAAGAUUGCGAUACCCUUAUGGUAAAUAACUUGUCGUAUAAUGCAAACGAAGAGUCUCUUCAGAGCAUAUUUGAGAAUGCAACGUCGAUUAAUAUACCACUGAAGAAUGGCAAGCCAAAAGGAUAUGCAUUUGUUAAGUUUGAUUCCGUUGAUGAUGCUAAGGAAGCUCUAGAGACCCACAACAACACAGAGAUUGAUGGAAGGUCCAUCAGGUUGGACUUCAGCUACCAAACACAGCGAGGGGCUAGUGGUGGUGGGGACGGUGCCAGCAAGACCUUGUUUGUCCGAGGACUUUCUGAAGAUACCAGUGAAGACACUUUGAAAGGAGCUUUUGAAGGAGCUGAGAGUGCUAGAAUUGCCACAGAUCGAGACACCGGAAUGUCGAAAGGGUUUGGUUUUGUAGACUUCCCAUCUGAAGAAGAUGCCAAGCUAGCUAAAGAAUCAAUGGAAGAUGGAGAGAUAGAUGGGAACAAAAUCACACUUGACUUUGCCCGCCCCAAAGGCAGUGAUCAGCGCGGCAGCAGAGGUGGAUUCGGUGGUGGGUUUGGUGGAGGUUUUGGAAGAGGUGGCGGCGGAAGAGGUCGAGGUGGCUUUGGCGGCCGAGGUCGGGGAGGAGGUAGAGGUGGCCGAGGAGGAUUUGGAGGAAGAGGAGGAGGUGGCUUCAGAGGGGGAAGAGGAAUGACACCUCAGGGAAAGAAGAUCCAUUUUGAUGAUUAAGAGGCUAAUAAGACUUCUUUACCUCUUUGUGUUCAGAGAGAGCCUCUAUUGAUCAUUCUCACAGUUGGACAUUCCAGAGUUCUGUAUGGUCUGGUUGGUCAUGCAGUUGUAUGGAGUGUGGUGGGAACUCCAUAGGUUUCUGAAUGGACUUACAAUUAAGUAAAGGCAAAUUGUUGGUACAUCUUUGUGGAUUUUGUCAAAUUCUGUUUUACCAAUGUGUAAAUGUGCUGUUCCAUAUGAUUUUUUUUAGUUACAAUGUAAACGCAGAAUGAACUUUUAGAAUGUUGUGCUUGGCAUCCUGUCUCUUGACAGAUUAAACAGACCUUAUUUCAUGUUUUGGGUAUUCAGUAGUGCAUAUUGUCACUGAAUUGGUUUACAGUGUACUAUCGCAUUUCUACAGUUUUUUUAAACCUGAAGAGCCACCCAAAAAGCUGUCCUUUUGGAUUAUGCCGUUAUGGCAAUGUGGUACAAACUUGACGCGUAGUGGAUUCGGAUUCUGUUUAGCCAUUCACAACCCACUUUUCUAUAUAAAAUAAACGUAAGCAGUAUUGAGCCUUGUCUUAUAAACACCAUGAUGUAACUUUGUCUCCAAGAUCUGAGCACUUGUAUGUGUGUGUGUGUUGCUGUUGUGACCCAUGACAUUGAGCUCACCUGGUUGUCCCUCCAAAACCAGCAGCUGCUUAACUUCCAUGUCAAAUAUUUCUUGCUUUGAUUACUCAUCUGGUGCAUGUUUGUUAGGAAAGAUGUACUGUAGAGAUGUGCUCUAAACCUGAUAGCACACAGCCAUCUGCAUAAAUUUCCUUCCCUUUCACCUCUGCUAUUUGUGUGAAGUGUGUUCUGCUCAAUACUUUUGAACAAGCUUUUUUUUAAAAAAAGGUCAGUGCACAGGUGAUUAAGAGGCUACUAAGACUUCUUCACCUCUUUGUGAUCAGAGAGAGCCUCUAUUGAGGCUGUUGUAAAUAGGUGUCAGGUGUUGUAGCCACAUAGUACUCAAUACAUUUAGUGACGCAAGGGAGAGUCCAGUCCUAAACAUGGUUGAUGCAUGUCCCAAUAACUCACUCCACUGUAGUGAGCAGCCCCAUUUUCUUUGUGAAAAUAAAUUUCAUUUCUUUACCACUUGCUAUCUACAAAAGCAAGGUAUGGGGUUUAGAUGUAAAGAAAAAAGGCUUGUUUUUGGUGUGAGCCACAUGACCCUCAUAUAUAUAAAGGGAACCUUGCUAUUUUCAUGUUAGUUUGAGCGCAGCCUUCCUGAGACUUUAAAUGUUCCACUUGUAAGGAAACAUUGUAAUCACAAAUUGGGAUUUAGCAUUGUCUUUGUUACCUGCAGUUAUUUCAAGUGCCACACAAUCUUAUAUCCUGUCAUUUCUACAUUUUAAGGGUGGUAGACUGGGGGAUGCUAUAGCCAGCAUCAACUAUGUACAGACUUGAGGUUUUUUAGUUCCUGAGAUUUUUACAUAUCCAGGGUGCAACACUGUUGGAAAACAAAUAUUUUUCUGAAAAGUGGAAUAAACAGACCUGUUACACUUC